AUGCUCCCUCCGCGGCCCCCCAGUCCCGUCCUUACGCACGCCCCCAGCCCCGCUCCCACACAUGCGCCCCAGUCCCGCGCUUACACACAGCACGCACCGCCGGCCCGGGCCGGCCCGCACUGGCACCCGCGGCCCCGCUCCCCUCGCUCCGCGCCGCGGGCGUCCGCCCUGCCGGGCCGGGAAAACAAAAGUGAAACCGCCUGCGGGAAGGCGGGCCAGGGGCCGGCCCGGGGCUGCGCCUCCUCCUCCUCGCCCCACCCUGCUCCUCGGCCUGCCGGGCCCUGGGCCUUGCGCCCUCUCCAGCCACCACCUGACUUCUGGCAUAACCACCGCCCGCCGGCCGGGGGCCCUGUGCCGAGGGCUGCGCGGAGGAGGCGGGCGUGGGCCUCUCAAGUGUCGAGCUGCCACUGGCCUCCACCCCCCACCUCCAGUGCAAACCUCGCGCUCGUCCAGGGGCCCAAGGACCCCGCCCAGCCUGCAGACCCCCCUCUAGAGCGCAGGGCACCUGCGGCCACUUGUCUCCACCUGCCGGGCCUUGGUAGUCAAGAAAGCAGGCCUGGGGUGCGGCUGCCUGGCCCCCUUCUCACCAGCCGGGUGGCCCUGGCUCACUGUGGCACCACCUCACUGAGUGUCCUCACUGGAAAAAUGAGCACAACAGUAGACAGUGCUGGGCGGACUGAAGGGGGUGAUAAGGGCAGUGACGUGUCCAGGCCUCACCCACUGCAAAGCCAGCAGGAGCUCCCCGCCCGGCCGCGGGUCGGGUCCGCGGUGCAGGCCGCCGAGGGGCCCCGCGCGGCGACACGAUCUCUGCGAAGCCCCGCCCCCACCCUUCCCGCGAAGCCCCGCCCCUCCCCGCGAAGCCCCGCCCCCGCCGAGCCCCUUCCGCGAGGCCCCGCCUCGGCGCCGUCACAAGGCCCGGCUGCGUCUCCCGAGCGGCAGGUGCGGGCCCAGCGAGCCGGGCCCCGCGGAGCAGGCGACCGGCCUCCGACCGUCUGGCCGCCCAGCGGACGCCGCGCGCCCCGGCCUGCGGUGCCAGCGAGCGGUGAGCCCCAAGCCCGAGCCGGGAGCGCCCCGGAGCCGCGGGAACGGCCGCGCCGGCCGCCGCCACCGCACGAGCCCUGCGCAGCGAGCGGCCGGCCUGCGGACCGGCGGGCAGGGGUCCGGCCGGGGCGCGCGGCUCGGCUGGGGCCAGUGAGGGCGCCGGGGGUUGGGGGGGAAGCCGCGGCGGUCGCAGACAGGUCGAGGGUCGGCGGCGGCGAGAACCGCGGCCCCUCGCGCCCCCGGGCCGGGCCGGAGACACUGUCGCGCCUUCGUGCCGGUUCCCGCGGCCCCCGCGGCCUCCACCCGCCUCGCCCACACGCCUGCUUUGUUCCCCCGCAAGCGCUCCGGUCGCCUCCAUCCCCCACACGCCUCCGCACCCCGCUGUUUCCGGCGUACCCCAGUGGCAGCGCCCCAGGCCUGCGCCCCAGGGCUGCGGGGUGCGGGAGGGACUGGCGGGCCCUGCCCUUUGGCGAGGGGAGCCCGCACCUGGGGCUGAGCUCUGACUCCGGAGGCGCCAGCGGUGCCUUUGGGAUCGGCCGGGAGCAGCCCCUUGGGCAGCCCGCGGCCGCUGGGUGCCGCCUUGCCCCUGGUGUCUCUUCCUGGGCCCUGCAGCCCAGGGCCGAGGCCGCGGAUCCGGGCGAUCCCGUGCUCCGGGUUAGGGCAUCAGGUGGGGCCUGCGGCCGGCCUGGCUCGGUGACACCGCCCCGCUGA